CGAGAACUGGUUCUCUUAUCCUGUGAAACCAUCUUCAUAAAUUCAUAUAUCGGCCUUAGCCUCAGCCAUGUCUUCGUUCCUCAUCUUCCCGCAACUCCCAUCCUCAUUUACGCGCUCUCAGAUUCUCCUUUUCCGGUAAAUUGGUUGAAUCAUGGAGCCCAUGGACAUCGUUGGCAAAUCCAAGGAAGAUGCCUCGCUUCCUAAAGCAACAAUGACAAAAAUUAUUAAAGAGAUGUUACCCCCAGAUGUACGGGUUGCAAGAGAUGCCCAAGAUCUAUUGAUCGAGUGUUGUGUAGAGUUUAUAAACCUUGUAUCGUCAGAAUCCAAUGAAGUCUGUAACAGAGAGGAUAAACGGACAAUUGCACCUGAGCAUGUGUUGAAGGCUCUAGAGGUUCUUGGAUUUGGUGAGUACAUAGAAGAAGUUUAUGCAGCAUACGAACAACACAAGCUGGAGACCAUGGACUCUUUGAAAGGUGGUAAAUGGAGCACUGGAGCUGAGAUGACUGAGGAAGAAGCAUUAGCAGAGCAGCAAAGGAUGUUCGCAGAGGCACGUGCUAGAAUGAAUGGUGGAGCCAUUGCUUCCAAGCAGCCAGAUGCUGACCAAAGUUUAGAUAGCUAACUUAGGACCGUUAUUAUAUUGAAGCAUAGGCAAGCACCUCUGACUCCUGUCUAUGCUUCUAAUGAGCUCGAUUGUGUACAAAAACCCAUUCACCAGUUUGCUGGUCUAUGUGGAUGUGCUCGCCAUUUGUAUUCUAUCAAUGAAUCGAUAUUUGUAAGUCAAUGUAAUUAGUCAGAGUUCAUGGAAAUCCUCCCGUUUAGCAUUACUUGUAAUUAUUUAAUUUACUUUUUGUAUCUUUCUACAUACUAACAGCUCCUAGCUUGAUUCAGACAGAAGCUACUGUAUUAGAUUGUAACAAUUAUUAAAUAUGUCGAAGCAAUGGUGUUUUUUUUAUUUUUUACAUUUAUGAUAUGGGGGUAAUACUAAAAGCUCGACAUGCUGUAAAACCGAGGCACAUUACUUCAACCUCGCUCAGUCGCUCUUUGCACAAAUGAAUGAUAACUUUGAGCGAUAGUAGCCCUUUCCCCCGCUUUUGAGGCAAAUUAUUUCCUGGGAUAAUUUGCGGAUUCCCUUUAAAAUUCUCGCGUAGUUGACCACACUUCCCCGUAAACCCCGGUUCUAGCAACCAAAAUCUAUUUACGUUUCGAGAUUAUGUUGAGUUAAACAUCAAUUGUCAUAACAGCUUAACAGGACUGAGCACAAUUUGGUGUCAGUUCGUAGAUACGUGUAAUGUUGUCUCUGUAGCCAACAUGAGCCACGAGAAUUCAGUAGUGCUUAACCUGAUGUCACCAUGGUGCGCCUUUGCACUAGAAGACAUGGAUGCAGCAGAGGAGUAUGCUAAGUGCAUGUCGAGUUUCAACAGUGAUGGGUUUGGGUUUUGUUUGUUUUUCCUUUAGUUUUUUAAUCUUCUUUUACCGUUUUAGGCAUCAAGUCAAAAGAGUUUAGUCAAGCACAAUUGCAUACUCCUCUCUCUCUCUCUCUCUGGAUGCCCCACAAGAAAGUGAAAUAACAAACACAUUGUCUCCUUAGAUUCCUUUCUUUUCUAUUUGAAGCGCACUCUAUCCCAGCUCUCUCUUUCUGAUUUCCUGUAUCAGCUGGUGGGACUGCCUAUGUUUCUUUUGUCAGGAUUCUCUUGCACUCACUAUAUGAAAGGGGGAGAUGGGUAGUAGAAUAACAAAGAAUCAAUUAAAU